AAUCAGGUUAACAGUAACUUUACAUGACAGAGUUGUCUGACACCAGUGAGGGCGCGUCGAGCAUUCAUUGUCAGGCAAAACGGGAGAGGACGCGCCAAGCGAACGCGUUUACGCACGAGCGGGAUCAUUUUAAUCGGCGCUGAAAUGGGAAGCAAAACUGUCCCUACCAAGCUUUAUAUUGGGAAUAUACCUGAUCUUUGCAGACAAGAAGAACUUCAAGCAAAAUUUGAGAAGUUUGGGAAUGUUGUUGAAUUUGAUAUAGUCCGCAACUAUGGUUUUGUGCAUUUUGAAAAAUCACAAGAAGCCCAGGCAGCAGCCAAUGCUCUGAAUGGAACUGAAUUUGGUGGAAACAUACUGUUAGUGGAGAUGUCACAUAGCAAAGUGCGGCAGAAGCCUGGGAUGGGAAACAAAGGGAGCUGUUUCCGAUGUGGUGAGGAAGGUCAUUGGUCUAAAGACUGCCCUAAGCUAGGCCCCCGCAGGCCGAGACAUCCACCAGGACCUCCAUAUCGUGAUCCCUAUGAGGACCCUUAUGCCAGAGAUCCAUAUGCAGAUCCAUAUUACAGAAACCGUUACAUGCCUCCAUUACCACCAGUAUAUGGCCACUAUGACCCAUAUGAUCCCUAUGAACACCCCAGACCUGUGCCACCAACAGUUCGAGACCCCUAUUUUAGGGAUCGGGAACCACUACCUAAUGCAACUUCAGAUUUGUAUCCUCGGCCAUCUGCAGACAUGUAUGAGAGACCAUCUGUGGAUCCUUAUUCAAGACCUCUUUCAAGUGCCUAUGGACGAGCACCUGCAGGUGAUCCAUAUGCAAGAUCCUCAGAUAUAUAUGGUACCAGACCAACGGCUGAUCCAUAUGCACGGCCUCCCCCAGAAUAUUACUCUAGAAGAGGAACAUCACCACCUCCUGCAGCUGCAAGAGAGUCCUUUGAAAGGGAUCCUUAUCUUGUUGGAAAAGACCCAUACCAGGACUACUAUGAAAAAAGAAGACCAGUAGCUGCAAACAAUGGAGCCAAUUCAGCCACAGCUCGCGUGCCAGGGCCAUACUGACAUAGUCCCUUUGAAUGAGCCAGACAGCCUCAUCAAGUGAAACAGCCACUCAUAUUUUUCUAUUAUUGAAGUUUAAAUAAUUCCUUGUAGGAGUUGUUCUCUUGUGCUGGGAUUCUUCAGAACUUUUUAUUUGUGUAGCAUUGUCAGCAUAAGAACUUGAAAUAAGGUAUUGCCCCAGCACAUUUGUGUAUGUUGAUGCACACAGAUAUAAACUCAUAUGUGUUUUGUGAAAUCUGUGAGUAGAUUAAAAUGGGACUGUUAUUGUUUACACAUGCAUGCAGAUGCACAUACAAACACACCCUCUACCCACUCCCAUGCACACACUGCCAUCUGUUAGAAGAUGGAGCACAUUCUAAUUUUAUAAUUAUAGGUCUUACUGUACUUGCCAUAAAGUUGGCAUCUAAAUCUCAGGAAAGAUAUGAUAGCAGGAGCACAGAGUCAGGUAAGCCCUCAGAAUUAUUUUUCCCCGUGGUGUCAUGGUACAGGACGUUAGUGUGUCUGCACACCUGUAACUGGUGCAUGUACUCAUGCAUCCAUUGCAUACAUCACAUACAUGUUUGGGAGCUGCAAUAUUAUACAUCAAAAUUAUUAAAGCUGACAAUUGUUUGUACACUUUUUAGUCUUCAUUUGAUGUUCACCAUUGUCUUAAAAAAAAAAAGCAACAGAACACUUUAGCCAUGAAGUGUGUAUUGUACAAAUUUGAUGGUGCAAAAUAAAUGACGUUUGAUCGCCUGUUCACAGUGUA